AUGAAUCUCAAACGCAAACGAAGCAACUCCUGCAUCCCCUCGCUAGCUCCCUCCGGGACCCUCACCCCCGAAGAGGAUCAGGAUGUUCUCAUUCCCGCCGCGAAGAAACUCCACACCCCCUCAUCCACCUCCACCCAAGCCUCCUACAUCCUGAACAAUACCGCCAACGCCCUCCUGUCCCUCACAUCGCUCUACGACACCUCCACAUCCGCCCAGGGCUCCCUCCGCCGCGCCGUUCAGCUCCUCGCACAAACGCAGUUGACUGGGCACAAGAUCAUCACAUGCGGGGUCGGCAAAUCCGGUUUCGUCGCGCAGAAGCUAUCGGCCAUGCUCAAGAGCCUAGGGAUCGCGUCGAGCUACAUGAGCGCCGCGGAGGCGACCCAUGGGGAUCUGGGAGAUGUCCGAGGACCGCACAGCCCCGCCUUUGGUCGGCAUGUUCGGGAACCGGGAUGGAGCUUGGAUGGGAAUGUACGGAGGGGAGCGGACUCGAUCGUCUUCAUUAGCUACAGUGGCCGGACGGAGGAACUGCUGCGCGUGCGCGACCGUUUGCCGCGCGGAGUUGGCCUUGUAGCGAUUUCAGGCGUGCAAAGCGCGGCGCAGUGCGCACUUCUUGCGUCUCCAGAGACGUCCACGAAGGACGAAGGCGAUGGUCACGAUUGCGUACCUCUUGGCGAAGGGGAGAGGGUGCUGUUGCCGGCGCCGAUUCCCGAGUCGGAAGAGGCAACAUAUGGGGUGGCUACACCCACCACGAGCGCACUGGUCGCAAUGGCGGUGUCAGACAUGCUGGCACUCUGCAUCGCGGAGGAAUUGUUUGAAGGAGAUCGGGACCGGAUGAAAGAGGUAUUCAAGCGGAAUCAUCCUGGCGGUGCGAUUGGUGAGAAGUCAAGUAAGAAGUGA